CGCGCGCGCGCGAGAGAGAGAGAGAGGAAGAGAGGAUGUGCCGCCGCGAGUGACGGAGUGAGUGACACCAAGUGACACCCAGCGCAGAGCACAGGCAGGUGAGGCAGGUUAUUCCGCCGGAACGAGAUCCAUUGGUAAACAUGCAGCCGCGGUAUCACCGUCGCGAGUGACCCGCCGUGAUUACGCCCGACUAUAAUGGCAGAGAACCUGUCGAAACGGCCUUCCAAGGGUAUCCUCAAGACGUCCAGCAGUUUUGACAAUCCGGAGGCGCCUAGACCGAGCAAAGAAACAACAUGGGACGAGAUGAAUAUCAUCGCCACUCUUCAUCCUGCCGACAAGGACUAUGGCCACAUGAAGAUCGAAGAACCAAAAACCCCAUAUAAUUUCGAAGGCCUCCAAAAUGAACAUGAAUUUGAUCAGUUAGACGCUAGUGCUCUCGCAGCAAAAUUAGCUGGAGGUAGCAAACCCAAAAUUUUUGAGGAAUCCAGUGAAGAGGAGGAGGAUGAAGAGACUCCCGAAGAAAAAGAAAGGAGAAGAGCCUUUGAGGCGAAAAGAAAGGGCCAUUACCGGGAAUGGCACGCUGUACAAAUGGCGAGACGACUUUUAGAGCAGGAUGAAUUAGAAGAAGAGGACGAAGAUGGCGAGGGUAAAAAUAAUGAAAAUUCGUCGGAGGAAGAAAGCAAUUUUGACACUCGUUUUAAAUGCAUGCCGUCCUGUGAUAGAACCGAAAAGAAAUAAACAAAACACACCGAUUAGUAA